GGUUUAGUGUUAUUUUUGAUGACUCUUUGCUCCGAGUUAAUGCGGAGUCCACGUAUAGGAGUUAUGUCUGGACAUUCGAAAAAAAAAUUUAAACAGCAACAAAAAAUGACAAUUAAUCAUGUUGAUAAAUCAGACGAUACUGACUCUGGAUACUUAAGUAGAGCGACAAGUGUCGAAAAAUUGUCAACUGAAAGUACACAUGAUACAAAAUCCUCCUCCUUAUCCAUUGAAUCUCUUCAAUUAUCAGCUGAUGAAACCUACUCAGACAAACAGCAUCAAUCACAACGUAGAAGUUCAUCAGGACAAAAAUUAGCAAAAUUACUAAAUGUUUUUGCACCAUGUCGAAAUCGUAUUGCCCGACGGAGUAGAUCAUUUGGUGAUAUAAAUAAAACAAUGAAAUCUAAUCACAAAUUUAAUUGGAAGUUUAGCAGCUGUUCAUCACAAUUAAGGGUAUCGCCAGUACCUGCUCCAUUGGUUACAUCACGCACAACCUUAUCGAUAGGACGUCAAAAUGAUAUUUCAAAUGAAUCAAUCCAUGAUACGCCUUUCUCGCCGACAACUUCAUUUUUAACUACUUCAAAUUAUUCUUAUUCUACACAACUGGAUAUUUUAAUCACUGAACCAAAUCAAGAUAUGUAUGAAUUUCGAAGACGUUGGCCAUCAUCUUUUCUAGCUUUAAUUACAAAUUAUUUAGGCUUUUUGGUAUUCACCUCAGAUGAACUGGAUCAAAUACGUGAUUUGCUGAUUAAAGAUUCUAAACAAUCUAACAGUCAUUGUUGUUCGACUUCUAAUACAAGUGGAAGCAAAACACAAUCUACUCCAAGAAAAAUGCUCAGUCGAUUGAGAGAACAAAAGCAAAACACCUCCAAAGACAAUGAGAUCGACCAUUGGUAUAUUGUUGUCAAUACUAUUCUUCGUUUUCUCCUCUCAAAUAAACACUACAAACAUCGGUUUAUAUUUCGACGCCCAGGAAAUCAAUCAAGUGUAAAUGACUUGGAAAAAGCUUUAUUCAAUCAACAACGACCUCCUCAGUAUCUUCAUCUAUCUCUGUUAAAGAAUAAUUCAGUUCAGCAUGAAGUGAAUAAUUCAACAGAAGUGAAUGACAUCAACAAAAUAUUAUUGGAACAUGAUCCAUCUGUAAUCGCUUGUCUAUUAGCUCGUGUUCUACGUAGACAAGGUAUUGGAUUAAUACCUAAUCCACUACGUCGACUGUUUAUUCAACUAAUAAGCGGUGUUAAGGAGAAUGAAGUACACCAGCGUCGUGCUAUCCGUCUACUAUUUCUUCUAUGUCCAAUACGCUUAGUUAAUCAAAUAAUUAAACCAUUAUUUGAAUUAAUGGCUAAUGUUGCAAAUGAACCAGACUGUGAAGUGGAUGAAACAAGCUUGGCUGUAUUAUUCUCACCAAUUUUCUUUUUGGAUCGUUCAACAACUACACCAAUAGCGUUAGCUAAUCCCUUACCAAUUCGUGUACUUGAUUUAUGCGUUCGAUUAGCUAAAGAAGAAUUAAAAAUUAAUUCAUCUGUAACAAAAUUAUUUCAAAUCCCUAUUUUAUUUCUACAUGAUUGUACAAAAAAUUUAAUUACACAUCAGACAUCAAACAGUCCUGCUUUGUGUUGUAGUCUUAAGUACUGUGUUACUAUGACACCAAGUCCACGUUCACAAGGCAAAAAACUGAAUGAAUCAUCCGUGUCAAAAUUAGACAAUUCAACAAUGAACACAAAGCCAAACAGUCCUAGGGUAAACUUAACUGCCGCAUUCCUAGCUAAAAAGCCUAGAGCGAAUUCACCUAGCACUAGUUCCAGUGAUUGUGUUACACCAGUUGUUAAAAAUGCUCUACAUGGUCCAACACUUGACUUCCGUGUACGUCGAACACCUACACAUACUGCUGUACGUAGUCAAGCUUCAGCUAUGAUUCGUACUCCUAUAUCAGCAAUCUAUACAAAUCAGUGGGAAAACUGUCCAAAACAGAUCAUCGAAUGGUGUAUUUAUAAAGAUAAAUAG